AUGCUGGUGGAGCUGAAGAGCGGCGAGACCCUCAACGGCCACUUGGUCAAUUGCGACACAUGGAUGAACCUUACCCUCAAAGAAGUCAUCCAGACCAGCUCCGGCGGUGACAAAUUCUGGAGGAUACCGGAGAUCUACGUUCGAGGUAGUACGAUCAAAUACCUACAAGUCCCCAACGAGAUCGUCGACGUUGUUAAGGAGCAGCAAGUGAAGGACCAGGCCAACAGAGGAGGACGAGGCGGUUCAUCAGCAAGGGGAGAUCACAGAGGAGAUCGUGGUGGACGAGGAACCCGCGGUCGGGGACGAGGACGGGGACGGGGAGGCGGUGGUGGGGGUGGUGGUGGUGGUGGAGGAGGAGGCUCUUGA